AUGCUAUGCUUACCUCAGGUGUAUGAACUUUUUCUGAAGAACAUGGUUGGCGGGCUACACACUGUAUACACGAAGCUGAAACGACUAGAAAUAACGCCAAUUAUAUGUAAUGUUGAGCAGGUACGUGCUUUACGUAGCAAAAACGCCAUACAACCAGGUGUGAACCGAUGCAAGCUUAUCGCUGCCACCGAUUUCGAUCGCCUCUAUGAUGAUUGCACGAAUACCUGGUCAUUAGCUUCACCCCUAAAUCCAAUGAUUCUUGGACAGUUUCUACCCCAGUUAAACGCUCAACAACUUCUUCUUCAACAUAUGAUGGUACUUUGUUCUUUUAGCGGAUCAUCGAACCUAGUAAUGUCAGCAGGGGCCGAAGUGGACGGUACUCCACUGAAUUUGUCGAAGACGACUUCAAAUUCAGAGACAAGUGACAGUGACUCAUUGGAGAAUAUGCGAAAAGGAUGCGAUAUUUCGCCAAAUCAAUCAAUAUGUGAACGAGGCGGUUCGAAUGAUUCGGAUGACUCGCCUUCAUCCGUGCAAUCGAUUGCUGCCGCGACAAAAAUCAUAACGCUGAUCGAUAUGGCAUCAGAUCACUUCAAACAACAAAUGGAAUCGAUAAGGAAGGAAAGAGGUGAUACAGAAUCUUUGAGGUGUAGGCGCAGAAUUUGUUCAUGGAUUUAUUGUCAUUUUCCCCUUACUAGUCUAAUCAGGCUAAAAGUGGUUGUGACAACGAAGAAAACUAGUUAG